GAGGAUAGGAGGGGCGUGAAGUCUUGGCCUUAGUACUGAGAUGCAGGAUAAGAAGUUAGAAGAUGGUAGUUUUGUGAAGAAAACUUAAGAAGGAGUCGGAUUUCAUUGCUGGAGCCCAGCUUGUAGGCUCGCAGUGACUCACCCAAGAGCCAGCCUCAGUGAGAGCAGCCUUUGUUCCACUUGCGCUGAAUGCGGGUGGGGGAGAAUGCAACAGCAGCCACAGCAGCAGCAGCAGCCUCUGCCUUUGCCUAUGUCUUUGCAUUUCUGAACGCAAUAUAGGCAGGCAGCUGCAGCAGCCUCCUCCUGAGGAUCUGGUUUUGCAAAAUGUCCCCCUGCCAGUCCCAGUGGCCCUGGAAUUUGUUCCUGUUACUUUUGGGUUCAUUGCUCCAUGCUGUUCUGCCGGCUCAGGUCAUAGAAGAAAGAGGAUCAAAGGGGAAUCUUGACCUCACAGAACUAAUAGGAGUCCCACUUCCUCCUUUUGUCUCCUUUAUCACUGGCUAUGGAGGAUUUCCAGCCUACAGCUUUGGACCAGAUGCUAAUAUAGGCCGCCUGACAAGGACUCUUAUACCCCAGCCAUUCUACAGAGAUUUUGCAAUCACCAUUACAGUCAAACCAAACAGUGACCAUGGAGGUGUAUUGUUUGCCAUAACGGAUGCUUUUCAGAAGACCAUCUACCUGGGAGUCCGACUAUCACCUGUGGAUGACAGCACCCAGAGAAUCAUUAUGUACUACACUGAACCUGGUUCUCAGCUAUCUCGAGAGGCUGCUUCAUUUAAGGUCCCAGUGAUGACCAACAAGUGGAAUCGCUUUACGCUGGCUGUGCAGGACAGUGAGGUCAUCUUGUUCAUGGACUGUGAGGAAUAUAACCGAGUCCAGUUUCAGAGAACAGCAGAGACCUUGCUCUUUGAAUCCAGCUCAGGCAUAUUUGUUGGGAAUGCUGGAGCAACAGGACUUGAAAAGUUUACUGGCUCUAUCCAGCAGCUGACAAUCAAACCUGACUCAAGGGCUAUUGAGGAUCAGUGUGAAGAUGAUGAUCCAUAUGCUUCAGGUGAGGGCAGUGGCCAUGACAGCAUUCAGGGGCAGGAGGGUAUCCCUGAGACACAUGAAGUUAUUUGGCCUACGCAAGCCCCACUACUGAACUUGUCUGGCAAUUCGUCAGAAGAAACAACUGCAGAACCAGUAGGAGCACCACCAACGGUGUCACCUCAUUCUGAUGAAACGGAUUUCUCAGGACAACAUCCCUUAGAAGAAACAUCGAGCCCAACUACAGUCAAAGAACAAGGUUUAACCACUACAGAAAUGAGUAAACAGGAAAGUGAAUAUACCACUAUACCUCAAGAAAUAUCAAAAACAGUACCAAUGAUGCACGAUAGUAUUCUGAAAAGUACAAAAGGAGAAAAGGGCCAAAAAGGUGAAAAGGGAGAUGAAGGACCACCUGGACCUCCAGGAAAAGCAGGACUGGAAGAAGCCCAGUAUGGGAUUAUAGGAUCACCUGGAGUUGCUGGUAUGCCUGGACUGGACGGUAAACCUGGCAUUCCUGGUAAAGAUGGGUUACCUGGUAAACCAGGAUUGCCAGGUUCCCCAGGAUUAAAAGGAGAACCUGGCCCUAAAGGAGAAAAGGGAGAUACUGGUGUUGGAUUGCCAGGACCGCCUGGACUUCCAGGGCCUCCAGGACUGCCUGCUCCAUCAAGGGGAUUUAAGCUAAUGGAAAUACAAGGAUCUGGCUCUGGAUCUGGUGACUUUGACAGAGACAUAGAACUUCCCAGGGGUGCACCAGGACCCCCAGGUCCUCCAGGUUCACCAGGUCUUCCAGGAUUGCCUGCACCAGAUUCAAAUGCAGGGGCCUCUGGGAUGCCAGGACAAAAUGGGAAGGGUGGCAGAGCUGGAGAUCCAGGCCCUCGUGGUCCACCUGGUCGACCUGGCCAAAAUGGAUUGAAUGGCACUGCAGGAACAAAAGGAGAGAAAGGUGACCAAGGUAUUCGGGGUUCAGAUGGAGCCAAGGGUGACCCUGGAGAUAUUGGAUUACCAGGCAAGAAAGGGCAACCAGGAGCUGAAGGGGAGCCUGGGAAAGUGGGGCCGCCGGGGCCACCAGGCCCCCCUGGCCCAGGAUAUGGAUUUGGAUUUGAGGAUAUGGAAGGAUCAGGAUUCACUGAUUUAUCCAGUGAACCGCAAAUACCAGGAUCCAGAAGGCCAAAUGGUCCAGCUGGAGAACCAGGUCUACCAGGGCCAAUGGGACCAAAGGGAGAAAAGGGAGACACAGGAGUGCAGGGUGUACCUGGCUUUAAGGGAGAAAUGGGUGCAGAAGGAAGACCAGGAUUUCCUGGAGUUGCUGGGCGUCCUGGAGAUGCAGGCUCAAAGGGAGAAAAAGGGGAUCCAGGUGCUAAGGGUGAACCAGGAGAGCAUGGAGCUAGCAUUGUUGGACCACCAGGGCCACCUGGACCACCGGGUCCUGUUAUAGCCGUUCCAGCGGCCUUCCUCAAUGCUUCAGAUGUAAGUUUUAAUGUUACUGGAAUCAAAGGGCUUGUUGGGCCUCCAGGUCCAGACGGUAAGCCCGGCCUGCCAGGAUUUCCUGGCCCCAGGGGACCAAAGGGAGACUCAGGGCCACCUGGAUUACAGGGAGAGAAAGGAAAGCAGGGUGAAAAAGGUGAACCAGGGGCUAUUUUUGCUUCAACUGAGGCAUUAACAGAAGUGAUAAGAAGUCCGGGACAGAAGGGUGAACCUGGACUAACGGGACCACCUGGGCCAAUGGGGCCACCUGGACGUCCAGGACCUAAAGGAGAACUUGGUUUUCCUGGCCGGCCUGGACGCCCUGGCCUGAAUGGACUGAAAGGCGUAAAAGGUGAACGAGGUGUAACACUAUAUGGCUUCCCUGGUUUGCCUGGGCCACCCGGACCUCCAGGUCCCCCGGGCCGAGUGGUAUACAUUAAAGGAACAGUUUUUCCAAUUUCUCCCAGGCCUCAAUGCAAAACAACAGUAAGCACUGAUCACCUCGGAAACCAAGGAGUGACAGAUGGAUCCUGGAGCGUCCAUGGUUCGUUGCACUACAAAGGUGAAAAAGGAGACAGAGGGCCACCAGGGCCACCAGGUCCUCCUCUGCCAUCCACAUAUUCUGGCCACUUAAGCAUCAUGAAGGGUGAGAAAGGAGACAAUGGAGGAACAGGCCUUAAAGGAGAAAAAGGAGAACCAAAUGGAGGGUUUGUUAUGUCUGGACAGCCAGGGCUCCCUGGAAGACCAGGACCAAUGGGGCCAAAAGGAGACACGAUUGUUGGGCCUAGAGGGCCCCCUGGGGUGCCUGGCCUACCUGGGCCUCCAGGAUUUGGACCCCCUGGGCCUCCCGGACCCCCUGGACCUCCAGGUCCCCCAGGACCUCCUGCAAUAUAUGGCUCAGCAGCUGUGCCAGGCCCGCCAGGGCCUCCUGGAGAACCUGGCCUUCCAGGGAGCAGGAACUUGGUUACAACACUCAGCAAUGUUGACAGUAUGCUGCAAAAGGUUCAUUUAGUGUCAGAAGGCACACUGAUCUAUCUUAGUGAAACCAGUGAUGUUUUUAUUCGUGUUCAAGAGGGUUGGAAAAAGUUGCAGCUUGGUGAACUUAUUCCUAUUCCUGCUGACAGCCCUCCACCUCCAGCAAUUUCAAGCCCAGGAUUUCAACCCCUUCCAGCAGUGAUUCCUGUUUCAAGUAUAGACAGUCGAAGGCCAAGCCUUCAUCUCGUGGCUUUGAACACCCCAUUUUCUGGUGAUAUGAGAGCCGACUACCAGUGCUUUCAACAAGCCCGGGCUGCUGGCUUAACCUCAACGUACCGAGCUUUCUUGUCUUCACAUCUUCAAGAUAUCUUGACAGUUGUCAGGAAGGCAGACAGAUACCACCUGCCGAUAGUUAAUCUUAAGGAGGAAACAUUGUUCAGUAACUGGGAAUCCAUUUUCUCUGGCAAUGGGGGCCAAUUUGACAUUCAGAUUCCAAUAUACUCAUUUGAUGGUAGGAAUGUCAUGACAGAUCCAGCCUGGCCUCAAAAAGUCAUUUGGCAUGGUUCAAGUCCACAUGGAGUACGACUAAUUAGCAACUACUGUGAAGCCUGGAGAACAGCAGAUCUAGCAGUCAUGGGACAAGCUUCACCUUUGAAGUCUGGAAAGCUCUUGGAUCAAAAACCAUAUAGUUGUAGCAACAGGUUUAUUGUUCUGUGUAUUGAAAACAGUUAUAUCUCAGAGAGCCAAAGAAAAUAAAUUCCCUCUUCCCCCAACCUACAGUAUGUAAAUUUAAAUUUUUAUUACAAAAAUGUUGACAUUAAAAUAUAAUUUUUAUGAUGUAAAUAUUGUAUUGAAACUGCAUCCUUUAAACCAGUGGUCCCCAACCUUGGGCCUCCAGAUGUUCUUGGACUUCAACUCCCAGGAAUCCUGGCCAGCA